CCAGGCCAGAUGGGUUCCUCACUUCGCAGCAAACUUUUACUGUACUACAUGUCCUGUACGUCCAAUCCCGUCACAGCCGCCAGGUUUUCUUACUGGCUCUCCAGUGUUUUAUCAGAAGAAAUUCUACAUAGUCCAUAUAGUAAGCGAGGAGAAGAGAUUUUAGAAGCACUAGCUAAUUUUACAGACUUUUUACAGGAGAGCGUACCCGUAUGUGAAACAUUUUUAACCAAAUAUCUCCAUCUCUGGGAUGGAACAAGUUACAGGAUAUACAUUUUAGUACUGAUCACAAGAUUUAGAUUGUAUCCAUUUUCAACUCUGAAUGACCUGUUGCUGGAACCUCUUCGCAAGUUGUUCUUUUGUUCUAAUGUAUAUUUUAAGUGCCAGUUGCUGAUCUGUUUGAGGAAGUUAUUACAGAAUUUCAUUACGGUAGAAUUGGAGCGUUACAAUACCACACUACGGAGACAAGAGAAUGUGCUGGAAAACACGACAGAGACUUUCAACCAUGUAUCUUUGUUUGUUGAAGAAGUUGAAAAGUUUCAGCCAUUACAGACAGUGGCAGAGUUUAUUGACUUUGUUGAUGCAAUGUGUUUGGUUGGCCUGGGUCUGGAGAAAGACAAUGCCCUCAUGAUGUCAUGUGUCUUAGAUUUCUUUGAGCUGGUCUCAAGUCUAACAGUACAGUAUGGCACUCCAUUUGUUCUACUGCCCAGUAGAGGUCUCAUAUACAAGGGGCUGUUUGCCAACAAUGGGAUGACAUGCUCUCGGAUGUGUGGUAUUCUUUUAAAUUGUCGCAAUGGGUUUCUGAAGCUGAAGUCCAUGCCCAAGCCAGAUAAUCUUGGACUGGUGAAUAUUGAUGUCAACAGUAUUGACACCCUCAAUGCCUGUGUACUGGACUUCUGUGACUCUCUGUGGAGGUACAGAGCAUUUAAGAAGGACACCAGGUACCCCACGGCAUUCACGGUGGAAGAUGGGGUGGUGGAGGCCCUCAGUGUCCCCAGGGUCAAUGAGUGCUUCUCACUACACAGGCACCAAGCUUUCCUGGGCUUUGCCUGGGCAUAUCUGAAGGAGUUUCAGCCUCCAGAGAAGAAGGUCCACCCAGACCAGAUCAAGCAGGCCAAGCGUUCUUACCUGGAGUUCCUCCGACGUGAACAACUCCACGGCAUAGCUGAGUUCAUUGAACAGUUUAUAAAGAAAGCCAGCAGUUCCAUGUCUAAGUCGCACAUAGCUGCUAGCAUGGCCAGUCCAUAAGUCUGGGAAACAUGGAGGUUUUGUUAUUUUUCAAGUUUGUGAAAAUUUUUAAGAUUCCUUCCCCCAAUCUCCAAGAGUGACCUUGACCUGGUCAAGGU